CCCCGCGCGCGGCUUAAAAAGAAGAAGAAAAGAGGGAGCGAAACAUGAGAGCCCUGGUGAGCUGCAGCCGCCGCCGGCAGCAGCGGAGGGGGCAUCGCCCGGCCCGGCCGCCGCCGUCCCGCCGCGGGGACACCCUUCCUAUGGGACGACAAGUGAAGGGCUGCUGCUGCUGCCGCCGCCGCCGCCGCCCGCUGCCCGGCCCGCCCCGAGCCUCGGCGCCUCGGCGCGGCAGCGGGAGCUGUUAAACCUGUGCCACUUGCACAACUUCGCCGGCUCCGAGCAUCCUCCCGCCGCGCCGCCGAGCUGGGGGCUCGGGGGUUGUGCCCCCGGUCCUGCCUUUUCGCGUCCGCCUCUUCGGAAGCGGGGGUGACCGAAGUGCUUUUCCUCCUUAGGCUUUUUAAUUGCUACUGUUAUUACUCUCCUCCAGACUUUCCCCUUCUGGGAGAGGGAGGUGGUUUCCUGAUCCGAAGUGCAAAGAAAAGUCAGUGGGAUUCCCCUCCUUCUCCUCCCACCCCCCCCCUUUUUGGGUGCAUUCACACGCUCCCUCAGGCAUGAUGCUCAAGAUGCUGCCGUUUAAGCUGCUGCUGGUGGCCGUGGUUCUGUGCUUCUUCGAGGGGGAUGCCAAGUUUGGGGAGAGCGGCGCCCGGAGGAGAAGGUGCCUCAACGGGACCCCGCCAAGGCGGCUGAAGAAGCGGGACCGGCGGGUGCUGUCCCCGGAGGCCCCGGGCGGCGGGGAGGCGAUGUGCCGCGGCCUCUACCCCCGCCUGUCCUGCUGCUCCCGCACUGACGCGCAGGGGCUGCUGCACGCCGAGGCGAAGAUACUUUCUGUUACCAACAACACAGAAUGUGCGAAGCUACUGGAGGAAAUCAAAUGUGCACACUGCUCACCUCACGCUCAGAAUCUAUUCCACUCACCUGAGAAAGGGGAAACACCUGAACGAGAACUAACUCUUCCCUACCUGUGCAGAGACUAUUGUAAAGAAUUCUAUUAUACUUGCAGAGGUCACAUACCAGGUUUUCUCCAAACUACAGCUGAUGAGUUUUGCUUUUACUAUGCAAGAAAAGACGGUGGUGUAUGCUUUCCAGACUUUCCAAGAAAACAAGUGCGAGGGCCAGCUUCUAACUCUCUGGACCACAUGGAAGAAUAUGACAAAGAGGAAGAGAUCAGCAGAAAACACAAGCACAACUGCUUCUGUAUUCAGGAGGUUGUGAGUGGACUAAGGCAGCCUGUUGGAGCAGUACAUUGUGGGGAUGGAUCCCAUCGCCUCUUCAUUCUUGAGAAAGAAGGAUAUGUGAAGAUCUUCAGUCCUGAAGGAGACAUAUUCAAGGAACCUUUUUUGGAUAUACACAAGCUUGUUCAAAGUGGAAUAAAGGGAGGAGAUGAAAGAGGACUGUUAAGCCUUGCAUUCCAUCCCAAUUACAAGAAAAAUGGAAAGCUGUAUGUGUCUUAUACCACCAACCAAGAACGGUGGGCUAUUGGACCUCAUGACCACAUCCUGCGGGUUGUAGAAUACACAGUAUCCAGGAAAAAUCCACACCAAGUUGAUAUGAGAACAGCAAGAGUGUUUUUAGAAGUAGCAGAACUACAUCGAAAACACCUGGGAGGACAACUUCUCUUUGGCCCAGAUGGUUUCCUAUACAUUUUUCUUGGAGAUGGCAUGAUCACUCUGGAUGAUAUGGAGGAGAUGGAUGGUUUAAGUGAUUUUACAGGUUCUGUAUUGCGCCUCGAUGUAAAUACUGACCUGUGCAAUGUCCCUUAUUCCAUACCACGGAGCAACCCACAUUUUAAUAGCACAAACCAACCUCCUGAGAUUUUUGCACAUGGACUCCACAAUCCAGGCCGAUGUGCUGUGGAUCGCCACCCAACAGAUGUAAACAUCAAUUUAACUAUACUUUGCUCAGAUUCAAAUGGAAAGAACAGAUCUUCAGCAAGAAUCUUACAAAUAAUAAAGGGCAAAGACUAUGAAAGUGAGCCUUCACUUUUAGAAUUCAAACCAUUCAGCAGUGGAUCCUUGGUUGGUGGAUUUGUCUAUCGAGGCUGCCAGUCUGAAAGACUCUAUGGAAGUUACGUAUUUGGAGACCGCAAUGGAAAUUUUUUAACACUGCAACAGAGUCCUGCAACCAAACAGUGGCAAGAGAAACCCCUCUGUCUUGGCAACACUGGUUCAUGUAGAGGUUUCUUUUCAGGCCCUGUCUUGGGAUUUGGUGAAGACGAAUUAGGUGAGGUUUACAUAUUAUCAAGCAGUAAAAGUAUGACACAGCCUCACAGUGGAAAACUCUACAAAAUCAUUGACCCAAAAAGGCCUUUGGUCCCUGAAGAAUGCAAAAGAACAGCUCAGCCUGCACAGGUACUGACAUCUGAAUGCUCAAGGCACUGUCGGAACGGGCACUGCACUCCUACAGGAAAAUGCUGCUGUAAUCAAGGCUGGGAAGGAGAGUUCUGCAGAACUGCAAAAUGUGACCCAGCCUGUCGCCAUGGAGGUGUCUGUGUAAGGCCUAAUAAAUGCUUAUGUAAAAAAGGCUAUCUCGGCCCCCAGUGUGAACAAGUGGAUAGAAACAUCCGAAGAGUGACAAGGGCAGGUAUUCUCGAUCAGAUCCUAGACAUGACAUCCUAUUUGCUGGAUCUAACCAGCUAUAUUGUAUAGUUUCUGGGACUGUUUGGAAACUACACUUUCAACGGGCAUUUGUUUUGAGUCCUGUCAUUUUUAAAAGACUGUUAUCCUGCAACAAAUACCGGUGAUUUGAUUUACUUUAUUAAUUUAAGUAUAAUAUCCACAAAUGUGCAGAUAAAUUCUUUGUAUGUGUGUAAAUAAUUCUGUAUGUCUCCACAGACAUGCCCAUAUCCAAUACUUGCACACAUACACAUGCACGCACUAUCACAAAUAUGGUUUUACAGCUAGUGGAUUUUUUUUUAAUAUUUAUUUCUUCAUGAGCAAUCGUUUACAAAUUCCACUGUAAACCACAUUUUCAUCAAAGUACUUUUGUGAUGUCUUAAUGGAUUCUUUAACAUCCCAGAAAUCUCGUGGCUGUACCUAUCUGAUUAUAGCAAUAAGAGAGCAGUUUUCGAAUAUCACUGUAUAAACUGCUAGACUUCAUAAAAUCCAGUUGUAACGGUUUCUAAGGUGAACUGAACUACAUAAUGAGACAAUAUUUCAGAACUCCUUAAUGCAUUCCUAUCUAGGCAAUUCAUUGUAAGACUGUAACCUUCACCUUCAUCAAUGUAAGUCUAUUACAGAAUAUUACGCAUUUCUUUAUCUAGCAUAGAUGCAAAGAUCUGGUUAUCGCAGCUUAAUAUCAAGAUUGUUUUGAGUGUUUAAUUAUUAAAUUAUACUGCAUACUUCAAAAACAGUCAUCCUAGAAGGUCUGCUUUUUAUCAUAUAUUUUAUUUAACGAUGGGCACUGGGUUCAUGUUACAUAUUUAUAUUAUUUUAUUUUAUUUUAUUUUUAUAAUAUAGACAUCACCUAGAUGAGACAGCUUUACCAUGUCCUGUAAAAUCCUAAAGUUACAUUUUUCACCAACUUAAUUGGAAAGACGGGGAAAGAGAGAGCAAACACACUCUUUAAUGUGUUGUGGAUCUAAUCUAGAAAUGUAUCCUUAUGUCAACUUGUAUUCAUUUACAACGGAUGAAAAAAACAACCGCCAAACAAUCAUAAUAAAAUUCCAGCAUAUGUUGUAAGUGUACAUAAAGCGAUUUUCACUGUAACAGGACAGGCCGGACUGAACACAAUUUCACACUGAACGGAAUGUCACUGGAGGAGAGCUCACAUGAGCAUGUGCUGGCUGUGUAAGAUGUCACUUGUACAAAACAUGUCACAGUUCUCGCCAAAUGCGGUUCUAAAUGUAAAUGUUCCUUGAAGAGCUAACGUAAAAUUGAGUGUUUGUAAAUGUAUCAAUAAAUAUGGUGUACAUGCUAUGGUCAGGUUUUCUAAAGUAUUCGUAGUCUAAUUAGAUGUAUCUUCAGAACUGGUGCCCUCUUAUCUCCAGCUCUAGGGCAUUUCUUUGCUCAUUAUAUACUGACUAUCAGAUUUCCUUUGCACUACCUGGCUUUUAUAAAAUCUUGCCUCAGAAAUGAAAGCAGAGUAGCCACAGUGUGCACAUCCUAUGGUUCUUAUAAGCAGCUGCUCAUGCAUCAACAGUUAUACAAAACUUGAGGUAACAGAUCUAAAAGACUUCAGCAAUAUUACUCUCCAGUAGCAAAAUUACCUCACUGGGGCGGUGACAUGCAACGAAUUUUCUUUUAUAGAGAGUUGUCAGUCUUCAUUCAGUAAGUAUUAAAUCUGAAAGUACAGCAUGACUGCUACUUGCAUUUUGCUGUUUUAAGCAUUUCAGCUUGGAGAAAUAGAAAAUGACAUUUGCCUUCCGUAUACGUUUGCCGGGGUUUCGAGUGACCUCAUGCCAAAUGGAAAUCGGUUGAGAAAUCUUGGUUAAAGUGCUCAGCGAACAAUGGUCUGCAUUAAAAAGUGCAUGCAUAAUUUUGCACAAUGUAGAUUCACUGACAGUCCAUUGAAAGAUGUCUCGGGAUUAAAUGAGCAUGAAGACCAAAUUGCCCUCUCACCCCAGAAAAGGGUGGUCCCUUCUAGUCACACGAAUACUCCAUUGGCUCAGCAGUGUGACCAAUCUUAAAAUGAACCCUGCGGUAGCAUCUGUAGGUUAAUAGCAGCUCUUUGUCUCUGCUGCUUUCUGCCUUUAGUCUUUUCCCCGAAUUCCAUCACAAAAAGUUUUACAAUUAAAAAAUGUCCUGACAACCAUUUUUGUAAAUUGACCUUAGCAUCUAAUCUUUCCUUAUUCAACGUGGGUGACAAAACUGUGAACUUCUCAUGAAUGAACCAGCUGUCUAAAUCUGUCAGAUAGCACAGUUUUAUUACACUCUCCAUAAUCAGCAAAGCAAUAAAGUCACUGAUGUAUUUUAGCAACAUUUAAAUAUCUGACAGAGAUAACAUCUUUAACACUUUCUUUAAAGAAAUGUAUAUGCCAUAGUCAUGUAGAGAAGGGAUAAAAAUGAUCUUAGAGUUUUGAUCUCAAUAAUAAGGACAGUUUAGUUUACUAGCGAAAUCAGAAAAUAAAACUCCAGUCAAGGCUAAGAAUUAAAUGCAGGCCUCAUGCAAAUCAAUGGCAAAAAACUCUCAUCAGCUGUGCUGCAUCCAGAAAAUGGCUUUUAAAAUUUAAGCAAAAUACUUCAGUUUAUUUUACUAAAAAAAAAAAAAAAAGUCUGUUUGAGUGAUUCCAAUCAAAACUUCAAAAGUAAUAAGUAAUGUAAGUAAAGAUUAGAAAAGGAGGGGAGGUAGUUUGUGGAAAGUGUUUUGCUUUAUUUCAAAAUCAUGUUUUAUAUCAUGUGAAAGCAAGCUUCUGCAUUAAGUCCACAUAGGUACAUAGGAAGUGCCAGUGGAAAAGAAGUAUUCUCAAAAAAAAAAAGACACAAAAAAUCCUAGCUGCUUAUUUAUCAAAAGAAAUUAUACUGUUAAAAAGAGUGAGUAAAGCCCAGGUCUAGCCACCCAAGAUGCUCAUAUAAAAAGGGCAACUGCAGUAAUUGCCCUGAGAAUUGGCAUACAACAACAACAAAAAAAGGGGUCUGUAGAAAGCCCAUUGCCAGUUAGGUCAUUCUGCAGCCAUUCUCACACAACCUCCGAGAAUGUCCCAGAAUAAAACUGAGCUUAUAAAUGAAACUAGAUAAAUGAGGCAAUUAGAUAAGGGCCUCCAGAAGGGAUUUUAUGUAUGUGUUCAAGUUGUCUCUGUCUCUCUCUCCUAAUCUUUUAUUCCAUUCAUUUCUUCCUUUAUUCAGAGAUACUGCCUCUCUGUUCCCAACACAUGGUACAUUUCAGGCAUUUUUGGAGUCUUUUUGCUGUCAAAAGAGAACAAACAUACCUGUUGCAAGAAGCGGAACUCUGCUCCUGAUGUCUGCUAGUUUUCAACCUCCAUUUUAUUUUUUUAGGACAGAAAACCUUCAUAUUUUUCUGUUUAAAUGCCACUGAUCAGAAAGAAGGCUUAUUAUUGGAAUACAAGAAGAAACGUUUUACUCCAUAGAUAAGUAGGGAGACAAAAAGAUGUUAUGUAAAACCAGCUCCAAAUCGUUUUACUCCAUUUCAGAAAAACAAUAAACUCAUUUUUCUAAUGUGUCCAAUAACAAAUAUUAGCUCAAACCCUCACUGUCAAGGAAAUAAACUUCUUUUUUAACAGUCAGAGCCACAGAUGAAAAACCUUUAUACCUUUAAAUCCUUACAGGUUAUUCUACUUUACACAAAGUGUGAGUUAGGUAAAAUGUAUAGUGUAACUACUCCUACAUUUAUACAGUCCUAAAAUUACAUUCAGCCCUUUGAAGGCAACCGCGAGGCUGAUGUGGCACCCAGUGAAAAUGGUUUGACACCCCUGGUGUACAGUAACUGUGGUAAUCCAAAAGUUUCCCAAUUCAAUCCAAUAAUCAGAUGCCUCAAGUAAAAAGCUGAAUGAUAUUAUGACAUUCCUGGGAUGAUGAAAUGUUGCUUUUCAGUAUACACUUCCUCUAAUUUGGGUUUAGAAACUAAGACCUUUUCAUGUACAAAUACACAAAGUAAAUAGGCACUUGUAAGAUCAGGCCUACAUGAAAAAAGCAACUGUGAGGACAGACUGCUGCACUUAUUUUUCCUUAAAAAUGUAAAUUCUUUAAAAUACAUUAAUGCAUUUUAAUUUAUUAUCCAUUAGUUUAACUGUGUAUCAAUUUAAUUAGGAAUGAUAGCAUUUUGAUCUUCUGUCCAACUGAAAAUGUGAUCUUUGUCUCAGAAAAAAAGGGAAGGGAGUCAUGAAGUAAAUAAAAACUAUUUUUUCCCAUUUUACAAUAUUAAAAAUUGACCAAUAUUUUCGUCACUUAAAAAAUAUAACUAAGAAUCUUGCCAAAAAGGCAACCAACCCUUUACUUUUUUUCUAAUCCAAAUUUGCAGAAAAAAUGUACCAAAUAAUCUGAGUUCCAGCUACAAAAACCUGAUAAAUAUUUCCAUGAGGAGUUUCAGGGCAAAAUGUUGUAGAAAAAAAGAAAAAUUUUAAGAGCUAUUUGCUAAAAUGCUAAUUGUUUUCAACAGCAGAGUAAUUCAGUGAAAUAAGAGGUGUGUACUUUUUAGGAUAUAGGUGUGAAACAGCAUAAGCCACCUGAAAGCUUAGUCCAGGAUUACUUGUCCAGGAUUACUUUAAUCUUUGAGGGCCUGACUCAUUGAUGUCAAUGGAAAAUCUUCUAUUGACUUCACUAGUUAUAGGAUUAAGUCCUUAAAAGAUAUCCACUUAGCUGGCAGAAGAUCUGAACUUCAGACAUCAGUGCACGCAUGAUCUCUCCAUGUCUGCAUCUGCAGUCAUUAGGCUCACUGAGGUUUUCUGAAACCAGACUGCAGAUUCAGCCCCGCGUAAAGACGUAUGGAGCAUGGCCAGCCCUCCUGGCUUUCCUGAUAGGUAUCGCCAACAGUUACACAAGGGGUCUGUUAAAUUGGCCAGACUGCUCGAUACUUCUUUAAAAACCUGGAGCAAUUAGCUCACAUUUGUUUCUCUUUCAGAAGUAUAUAUGCUUGUUUCAAAUAUUUAAGCAUAGGGAAGUAAAAAAUACCAAGUCAGUGGCCGCAUUUUGUGAAAUAGCCACAGUAAGACAGGGCCCAAAGUUGCACCCACAGAUGCUCCUGAACAUCAACAGAUGAGUUCCCGCAGUGUCUGGAGUGCAGCAUUACAAGGCUGAAUUCAGCAGCACUAGGCAAAUUUUCAAACCUAUAUUUAAUAGGAAUGGUGUAGUAGUUCAAUCAAGACUAUACCCUAAAUCCAAAACUGUUGCUGUCACCCUUCCUAAUACGACUGAAAGUGAUGAGACUGCUCCAUGCUGAGCUAACAGGCAUAAGCGAUGACGGGGUGGGACAUGACAGGUAUUCUAUAGACACGUGCAAGGCAAAGAGACGGCCGUGAGCCUUUGUACUCACCCAUUUCAAUUACAAUUCUGCACACAGAAUGUAUCGUGCUAUAAAAUGCACAAUGUCCAAACAAUCUUAGCACAGCAAUUAAUUCUGCAUAGAUUCACAUUCAUCAGGCGGACUAAUCAGACAGUAUUACUAAUGCCUUCUCUGGGAAAAGAAAAGCAUUAUUAUUCUGUAGCACCGUAGAAGUGGUUCAGUUGACGCAUCAACCUUUUUCCUUCAGUUCACUCAUGAGUUAUUAAUAAAUACUAAUUUUGUCUGUGUAUUGGCAAAGGAUUAUAAUGUUGUACCAUAACCUAAAGAAAAUUCCCAUAGGCUUCUUCACAUGUACAGUUUGCUUUGAAAGCCAAGUGACACACCUGCUUACCAGAGCUCUCAUUACUGAAAAUAUGUCAUUCUAGUGACCAUUUCAUGCUAUAGGAAUUCAGAAAAAACAAUUUUCUCUGUUAUAUAUAUAUUUAAUGUGUCUUUACUUAUUGUCUACUGUAGACAUACUGGCUUCCAUAAUCAAAAAUGUCAGAAAUUGUUACUAAGAAUGUGCACAAACAGCAAGUUGCAGUUUGAAGAGUUUUAUUUCUACUGAUAAAAAGCAACUUUCCAUCUGUUGUAAGUGGUCAAUAGGGUCCCGUGCAUCACAUCGUUCCUUUUACAGUCUAUGAGAUUUUCCCAUUUAUUUUCAUCUUGCAGUGAAAAUGAAAGUGGAAAAAAAAAUUCAAUGAAAAAUUGCAUAAAUUCCCACAAAAUUUCAGAAAGAAGGCGCCAGCUAAAGCAUGUGAAUAUACGCAGGGGCUGUGUUCACAAUAUUCUUGGGUGGGAAGAAGGCAGAGAGACGUGGCUGUUUGAGGCUUUUGUUAUUUUUAUGUGGGAUGCAUUUUGCUGUAGGACUGAAAGGUGGUUUGCGUCACAAGGCAGUAACAAACAAAUCCCAUUUCUGAAUGUUCCUAGGAGGAACCACGAAAAGGAAAACAUUCUGGGCAGAGUCAAAACUGGUGUGCAGAAUUAACUUAAUUCAUACCAAGAUAUACUGAGAUCAGAACCAUCUGGUAUUAUGUCACCAGAUGUAUGAUCUCCAUUAAUACCAGAAGCAGCAACCUUAUCCUGUGAAUUACCCAGAAAUGCUAUUAGCUGUCCCACACACAACACACUGCAGCAUUAAAACUUCAGUUCCUUUUUAAGAACAAUUAGAUUCUAAUGGGAGCCAAGCAGAAAAGGAAAUAAUAUUCUGUCACUUGAGACCAUUACUGUUGUGAUAUUCCUCUGUUUAAUUAGUUUUAUUUUAUAGUAGCCAUCAGGUACUGUAUGUACAUUUGAAAUGUGGGAAAAUAGCUUAGAAAAUAUCAUUCAAACUAUGUUUAAGUAUCUUCUAUAUACUGUAUUAUACCACUAAGCACACACAGGCACCAAUCUAGCAGAGCACUGGAGCAGACAAGUAAUUUUAAGCACAUGAAUCUCACUGAAGUCAUGCACUUAGUGUUAUUAAUAUAAUUAAGUGCUUUCUUGGUUUGAGACCUUACAAGUCUUUGAAAGUCUACCUACAGAGACUACACAUGCUAUAUGUGUAUUUCUUUUUAGGUAGACAGCAUGGCUGAAGUUCACAAGAGAAUUCAGUUACUGUCUGUCACACAUUCUGUAUAACCUGAAACAAUUGCAUCUUUGUGCCUCCACUUUCCAUCUGAAAAUUAGUGAAAUCAACUCUUGUAAAGCGCUUGGAGCUCUUCAAAUGAAAAGUGCUAUAAAAAGUACAAAUUAUUAUUAUAUUAUUGAACACCAUGUAUGUAUACACAUUAUUAUGUAAUAUAUAAUAUAUGUAUAAUGCAUAUAAAUUCUAACAAAUGUAUUUGUGUAAUAUCUGAGAAAUGGAACAGUUGUAUCUGGAAGUGAUAAAUGCAUAGAGUUGGAUUUAUUGUUAAUCUGUGGAUUUAAUGAUUUUCUAGACAAAAGGAUGUUUAAGUGUAUAAUUGCUUUUCUUAAUUUAAUAUAUUUAUGUAAAUGCAUGCCUGAAGUUCUGGAUAGAUAGUUAUUCUGUGUCCCUUAAGCUAAUAAAAUAUAUUAAGCUUUAUCUUA